AGAAUAAAAGAUCUAUCCGCUCUUAUCUGUUCCCAAAAUUCUCAUUUAAAUUGAGUGACCAAGAAUCUCUUCUCAUCUUCAAAACUAUACAAACAAACAAAAAAUGGUUACAGAAAGCAGAUAUCUAGAGAGUAAAGAUCAAGAAACAGGAGAAGAAACUCCAAUUCAUGGAGAUGUUUUAGACAAAAUAGUUUCUCACCUACCGACAAUCCAUCUUGUUCCAUCAUUCUACGUUUCUAAAUUAUGGCAGCGUGCAGUCUUUUCUUGUGUACGUAACCCUUCACGCACGAAGCCAUGGCUUAUAAUCUAUGUGCAGAGCCGAAGAAAUCUUUCAUUAACCACCACUCUGGCGUAUGAUCCUAGCUCCAACGUGUGGAUCGAAAUUACAGGACCAUCAACUAUGACAUAUAUGUCACCACUCCGUUCUUGUCAUUCUGAUACUCUUUACAUGUCAACUCCUUCGAAAUUCAGUUUCUCAGCUGACCCGCUUCAUGUAAAGUGGCUUGACAUUGUCGGACCACGAGUUUGGAGGGCUGAUCCAAUAGUUGCUAUUGUUGGGUCGUGUAUUGUGGUUGCUGGUGGUACUUAUGAUUUUGAGGAUGAUCCUCUCACUGUUGAGAUGUACGACACGGCGUGUCCUGGUUGGUUCACUUGUCCACCCAUCCCUAUUAUACUAAAGGACUCCGCUGCUACUACGUGGUUAUCUGUUGCUGUUUCAGACCACAAAAUGUAUUUGCUUGAGAAAAAUUCCGGUACGUUUUGCUCGUUUGACACAAAUACAAAGAGAUGGAGCGAGACUAGUGGUUCAUGCGUUCUGCAUCCCGACCCAUCUAUCUAUUUCUCGGUUAUUGGUUUUGCAAGUCAUCGAUUGAUACUAGUUGGGCUCAUGGGUGAUGCUGAGAACGCUGAAAGUUUAAGAAUUUGGGAAGUGAAUUGCGAUAGUUUUGAUUGUGGAGAGAUAGGGAAGAUGCCGUUGGAGAUGUUCUGUAUGCUUAAGAAUGUAAAUACGACUCCACUGUUAAUCGAUAUUUCGGUGGCAGAGAAUUGCAUUUACAUAUACAAUUCGUCAGAACCGAAAGAUAUAUUCUUUUGUUACUUAAAUGAAGGGGUAUGUCAAUGGGGUAGUGUCGGAUGUUCUUUCUUGAGUGGUCGAGUUCUCAUGGAUAGGAUUGUUUUUACGAGCUCAAAAGUAAGUCUUGAUGAUCUUCGAAAGGCCUUUUGGUUAGGAAGUAGGAAAUUCAAAGUAGAGUUGGCUGAUACAAAGAUUCAGUAGCUGUCAAUUUUUAUUUAGUUGGAUCAUGUAUUGCGUUCAAACCCAACAAUAAGUCAUGAAACUGGAAAACAAAAGUAGUUUUUUAACAUUUAAAUUUAAUUCCAUGAUCAACAGACAGGAA